AUGCCUACAGGCAGAGUAGCGGGCAUCCUUCAGAAGAACUGGCGGGAUUAUGUGGUGACUUUUCCAUCCAAAGAAGAGGUCCAAUCUCAGGGCAAAAAUGCUCUGAAAAUCCUAGUCACGCCUUGGGAUUACAGAAUUCCCAAAAUCCGGAUCAGCACUCAGCAAGCAGAGGCUCUCCAGGACUUCAGGGUGAUUGUGCGCAUUGAUUCCUGGGAGUCAACAUCUUUGUAUCCAAAUGGACAUUUUGUGCGAGUUUUGGGGAAAAUCGGAGACCUGGAAGGGGAAAUUGCAACCAUCCUUGUGGAGAAUAGUAUUUCUGUUAUCCUUUUCUCAGAAGCUCAGAUGUGUGAGAUGCCAGUGAACACACCUGAAAAUCCCUGGAAGGUGAGUCCUGAGGAGGAAAACGAACGUAAAGACUUGAGGAAAACCCACCCCGUGUUCAGCAUUGACCCCAAAGGCUGUGAAGACGUGGAUGACACACUCUCAGUCAGAACCUUAAAGAAUGGCAACCUGGAACUUGGGGUCCACAUUGCAGAUGUGACCCACUUUAUGGCACCAAAUUCUUACAAUGACAUUGAAGCUAGAACAAGGUUGUCAGAUCAAAUAUUUGACAUUUGUAUAAUUCUGAGUAUUCCCUUCAAGGAAAAAAUUAUUCCUGGAGUAGAGAGUCAAGAGCUGGUUUAUCCUAAAAAGCUCCCUGUGAUGCAGAAGCGUGAUGUUAGAUACUCCGAUGAUGCUGACAUGCAGGAACUAUAUGAAGAAGAAUUAUUGUAUGAAAUAAAGCUAAAUAGAAAAACCUUAAUACUUCACCUUUUAAGAACAAGGGAGCUCAUAGCUUCAAAUUACAGUGAAAUCUACUCUUCCAUAAAAGGAGAAGAGAGGAUUCAGCACCCUCAAGUCGUGGAACAUUGUUUUUACCAAGGAUCCAUCAUACAUGAAUUAGAUUCAGCUGCCAGUAUCAGCACCUGUUAUGGUCUCAGGGGAUUCUUCAGAGUAAAUGAUCUCAGGUACCUCAUUGAGCCAGUGAAAUACACAGAUGAGGGAGAACAUUUGGUGUUCAAAUAUAAUCCGAAGAUACAGUAUGCCACCAAUUACUCCUGUAAUGACUUCAAUUUUACCAGGGAAACUGUUCCAAGCACUAAUAUUAAACCCAUGGAAAACAACAAAAUGGAAAGAAUCCAUAAGGAAAAAUAUAUCGAACUAUUCAUUGUUGCUGAUUAUAACAUGUAUCGCAGGAAUAGUCAUCCUCAUGAUAAACUAAGGAACAGAAUUUUGGGAAUGGUCAAUUUUGUCAAUAUGAUUUAUAAAUAUUUGAACAUUUAUGUGACAUUGGUUGGAUUUGAAGUAUGGAUAAAUGGAGAUCAAAUAAAAGUAGAUUCAAAUAUAGAAACUACUUUAAUAAGUUUUUCAUCUUGGCAAGAAAUAAACCUUAAGAAAAAGAAGACAUUUGACCAUGCUGUUUUGCUCAGUGGGAAGUGGCUCUACACAAAUGCUCAAGGAAUUUCUUACCCAAGUGGCAUGUGUCUGCCUUAUUCCUCUUCCAGUGUUGUUAAGGAUCUCUUACCUGACAUAAAUAUAGUUGCAAACAGAAUAGCCCAUCAGUUGGGACAUAACCUCGGCUUACAGCAUGAUGAGUUCCCAUGUACCUGUACCUUUGGAAGAUGUGUCAUGGAUGUCACUGGAAACAUACCUGCAGUAAAAUUUAGUAAAUGCAACAAAAACCAAUUCCUGAAAUAUCUGAAGGAUUAUAAGCCGACGUGCAUGUCUAAUAUUGCAUUUUCUGAGAAGUUAAAUAGUUUUCCACAUUGUGGAAACAAGAAGCUGGAUGAAGGAGAAGAGUGUGAUUGUGGCUCUGUUCAGGAAUGCAAUAAUCCAUGUUGUGUAGCAGACAAAUGUAUGUUGAAGCCAGGGUUUACUUGUGCAGAAGGAGAAUGCUGUGAAUCAUGUCAGCUGAAACGUGCAGGGUCUGUGUGCAGACCAGCAAAAGACGAAUGUGAUUUUCCUGAAGUGUGCACUGGUCACUCACCCACAUGCCCAAUGGACCGAUUCCAAGUGAACGGAGUCCCCUGCAAGAAUGAAGAAGGCUACUGCUUUAUGGGAAAGUGUCCCACCCGGGAUGAUCAGUGCUCUGAAUUGUUUGAUGAUGGAGCAAAAGGAAGUCAUGAUAUCUGCUAUAAGAUGAAUAAAAAAGGAAAUGCAUUUGGAUAUUGCAAAAAUGUGAAAAACAACUUCAUAUCCUGUGAAGAGAAAGACGUCAAAUGCGGAAAGAUAUACUGUGCUGGAGGACUGCACACUCCUCGCUGGGGAGAAGAAAAGACCUUUCACCUUCAAGUUCCAAACCAGAAUGUAACCGCUGAAUGCAGAGCUUUUUUAUUGCAUCAUCAUUUUGAAGAUAUUGGCCUGGUUGCUCCUGGAACAAAAUGUGGAAAUGGGAUGGUGUGCAACAGUGGUGAAUGUGCCAGCAUCAAAAAUGUCUACAAUUCAACAAGUUGCUCCUUGCACUGCAAUGAAAACGCUGUGGAUAGCCAAGAAGUUGAAUGCCUGUGUGAAGAGCAAGACUGGGAAGAAACUUUAAAUAUUACAAAUGUCGUCAUCCUGGUUGUAGUGGUUGUGCUGGUUGUUGUUGGAGUUGGGAUUGGCAUAUUAUUAAUACGUUACAAAAAAUGUAUUAGGUUGAAGCAAAGUCAAAGUUCAUCUAGAGACACACUGGGAGUAGAGAAUAAAGCAUACUUUGGUGAUGAUCCACAGAUGAGGAAUGACACAGUCUUAUCAGAUAUCCAUCCCCUGCAACAAAGAACUGCAGAGUCCAUUGAAAGCCUUGCAUCUGGCUUUUCAAGUCCCCACUACAUCACACUGAAACCUGCAGGUAAAGAUUCAAGAGGAAUUGCAGAUACCAAUCCAAGAACCAAAUGGAUAAUUCUGCAGAGCAUGUUUAGCCCAAGAGAUUUCAACGUGCUCAGUGAUGGAAUACACUAA